GUUAGCUAGCUGUCCACUGGUUGUACACUGAGUACCCGCAUAGCCUCCUUUCCAUGUUGGUACUUUUGCCAGUCAACUUGUAUCAAUUAAAAUAAAUGGCGAUUUAGAAAUAUUGUAGCGGGGACUAUGGAUGCUGACAUUUCAUUAAAUAAUUCAAUAAGAGGACGUUAAUUUCACGAGUGUGUCUGCGGGCUACUGAAGUUAGCUUGGAAGCUAAUAUCAACAUAGAUUAGCUAAGGAUAAUAACUUACUGCGUGCCACAAUGAGGAUUUUAAGGGUUCUGAGGAGCAGCGUGUCCAUAACAAAGGACAUCGACUACUACUCCAAGUUUUCUCCCUCUCCUCUGUCAAUGAAACAGUUUCUGGAUUUUGGCUCAGAAAAUGCAUGUGAGAAAACAUCCUUCGCCUUCCUCAGACAGGAGUUACCUGUAAGGUUGGCGAACAUCAUGAAAGAGAUCAACUUGUUGCCAGACAACUUACUGAGGACUCCAUCAGUGCGGCUGGUCCAGAGCUGGUACAUGCAGAGUUUUCAGGACAUUCUCGAAUUCAGAGACAAAAAUGCAGAUGAUGAGAAAGUCACAUAUGAUUUCACAGAUGCGGUAAUAAAGAUCAGAAAUCGGCACAAUGAUGUCAUCCCCACCAUGGCUCAGGGAGUUGUGGAGUACAAGGAGGCGUACGGCACCGACCCAGUCGUCAGCCAAAAUGUUCAGUAUUUCCUCGAUCGUUUCUACAUGAGCAGGAUAUCCAUCAGGAUGUUGCUCAACCAGCACACUCUGCUCUUUGGUGGGAAGGUGAAGGUGAACCCAGCUCAUCCCAAACAGAUCGGCAGUAUUGAUCCCAACUGUCGUGUCAGUGACGUGAUCAGAGACGCCUACGAAAAUGCACGGAACCUUUGUGACCGGUACUACAUGAAUUCUCCUGAGCUGGUGCUGGAGGAGUUCUGCGUCAAACCCAUCACUGUGGUCUAUGUCCCGUCUCAUCUGUAUCACAUGGUGUUUGAACUUUUUAAGAACGCCAUGCGGGCCACCAUGGAGUUAUAUGGCGAUGCAAUGGAUUAUCCUCCUAUCCAUGCACAGAUCGCUCUGGGAACUGAAGAUCUGACAGUUAAGGUUUGUGAUCGUGGAGGAGGCGUGCCGCUGCGCAAGAUCGAAAGGUUGUUCACCUACACGUACUCCACAGCUCCUCGACCCAGCCUCGACGGGGCCCGCGCUGCUCCUCUGGCUGGUUACGGGUAUGGCCUGCCCAUCUCACGACUGUACGCCCGCUACUUUCAAGGGGACCUGAAGCUGUACUCGCUGGAGGGUUAUGGAACUGAUGCUGUCAUCUACAUCCGGGCUCUCUCCACUGAGUCCAUUGAGAGGCUUCCUGUGUACAACAAGUCCGCCUGGAAACACUACAAGACGAUCCACGAGGCCGACGACUGGUGCGUCCCCAGCAAAGAGCCAAAGGACAUGACGACAUUUCGCAGUUUCUAGGUCCAAAUGGAUGCCGUCCUGUAGCAACGUGUGCAAGAGAGGUGGUUGUGAAAGAGUGUGUGUGUGUGUGCGUGUGUGUGUGUGUGUGUGAUGGCAGUUAAACAGUCCAGGUGUCUUUGUACAGAAAGAUAAAAUAAUAACAGAACAAAGAUUUAGUGCCAUAUGCUUCAUAUAGGUCAAUAGCUUGUUAAAAUUUUGGAGUGCAGCGGCCCUCAGUUAAAGCAGCUACAAGGAGUUUGGCGCCCCCUGUGGGCAAAAGCAGUAGAGCUUCGAUGAUUGUAAAGAUCUAGAUUGGGCUAAAGCGUGCAUUUGUUUAGGAAGCAAAUGAAAGAAAGACGCAACUUACUUGAAUACUAUUUUUCUUUUUUAAACACAGCUGUUUUCAGUAUGCAUUGCAAUGAGGUGUGUGUGGCUAUUUAAGACGAAUGGCUGCUGCAGUAUCAGCCACAAGCACAAAAUUUAACAUCAAAACUAAAAUUCUGUAAAGAAAAGUCUCCUCUAGCUUACUUUUAACUGGCUAACAAACUGCUCACUACGAAACUUUCCCGUAAAAAUGUAAACCAGACAUCCAGGAACGCAACUCAGCCUUGCUUCCAGUUUUCCGAGUGGCCACUCUCGGUAUUGCAGCAAAACAAUCCCCUGCAGUCCGAAACGCAUAUUCUCCAUGGUUGACAGGACACCUCCAAUGGCAAACAAGGUCACUUAUGAAUCUCUCUGUUACGAGUUUUGGAUCCGUGGAGGUUUCAUAUUUGUAAAAUUUUCUAUUUAUUUUUUUACUCCUAGACACUGACCUCUGGUGGUGUGUACUUUGCACUACAUUGUCUCAAUAAAGCAUCUCCAUAUCAGUUUAAUAAAAAGAGGAGCAACUGUGUUUUUGACUUUAUUAAAACAUACUUUCUAUAUACAUAUAUAAUGUAACGCAUUGAUACCACCCAAGCAUAUUAGAGACUGUUUCAUGUACAGGAUAAUGUACAGCGAGCAGGUCAUUUUUGGGAAAAGGACCCAGACAAGCCCACAAAUUAUGCUGCUUACACAGCAAAAAAAAAAUCAAUAAUGUCCAAAAGUAUUCAUUUUAAACAUUUUUUUUAAAAACAUUUUUAUUUAUAUUAUUAUUAUUAUUAUUAUUAUUAUUUACAUGCUUCCAAAAGGACGGUCUGUUAUCUAUAGCCGUGCUCUGCUCUUCAGAAAUAAGUCUUUAAAAUACUGUAAUCAAUCAGAGUUGAGUAUUCAACAAAGCCGUGUAAUAAAACCAGUUAAAAACUCCUUGUAGCUGCUUUAAAAAGACAUUUUCUUCUUACUCCUACUGGUACGAUUAAUGGAAGUGGCUGGGAGUAACCAGGACCAGUUCUUUGGAAAGCCACAUUGCUCUUGAAAGUAACGCACAACCUAUGUCGCACUUUUGAAGCUGAUACUACUAUUGAUGUUAGGUCAUAUAACAAAACCUAAAUCAUGUCAUUAAGGAUGGUUAUCAAAGAAUUGUGACAACGUCCUGAGUGUCUGAUGGACAAACUACAGUAUGUAAUCACUUCCUAAAUGGCCUCAAAUAUAUUUUGGCAUUUCUGUUGUGCAGUUUAUUAUAAUGAACCAACAUAUAAAAAACAAUAACAGUAUAUCCAAAACUGAAACCAGCUGAUGAAAUCAGGUGUAACGUCAUGUCUUCUGUUGUUGAGUAUUCCAUGUAACGUCUUAGCAUCUCAAAACCUGAGACACUUUAUGGUUAGAGUAUGAACUGUGUUUGUAUUGUUAGCGUUGAUGGUUUGCUUUACGGGUUUACAGCUUCUCCUUAAACGCCUAGCUGCUUUUAUUUUGCUGAAAGUUUAAGUGUUACAGUCCGUCAGUGUGCAGAGUUUCCUCCACUCCGUGUGAAGUUGGAUACUUUGCUUGAAAAGGAUAACUUGUUACACAGUCAUUAGUCGCUGCUUGUUUUUGCUGUUGGGAGUUUCUGCUGAUGAGUCUUACUGGUUAAAAUGUUUUCAUUGAGGGCAUUUCUUUUUCAGUUUGACACAUACAAGCGUACAGCGUGAUCAAAAACGUGUUGUUUUGCCAUCUGUAAAGGGACAUUUUGCACCUUUUUUUACUUUAUGUGACAUGAGGAAACUGAAUAAUUGAAACACAACAUUGCGAAAGGAAAAAUAUGUAAGCCGCUUUGUUUUAUUGGGUUGGCAACAUAUUCAGUUUCUUCUUAAAUUUUCACUUAAUCUGCAAAUAAGGUGCUCCAAAUCUGAAACAAGGUGCAUUCUCACGGGUUGCACCACCUUCAGUAUAAGAGAGUAAAAUACAUUUGGGUUGCUGUGGUUGUAUUAUCGAGACUCACCCCAUUAAAUAAGCUAUGUACAAUAUUUUCCAUGUUACACUCAAGCAGUUACGCUGUAUGGAUCAUGCUCAGUGUAAAAUAAAUAUUUCAAACAGACAGAUGAAUCUUA